UCGGGCUGCCCUCCCGUUCAGCGAGUGUGGAAACUCGGAAAACGGGAGUGCAAGGCCCUUGACCUCCCGGAGUAACGGUCAUGGAGGAGGAAAAACAGCCAAAGCCAAACAUAAUUCGAGGUCACGGGUGUUGUGCCCGAGCUCCGUGGAGUUGUGGUAUGCCCUGCGGGCUCGUCGCAGCCUCAGUCGGCGUCCAUCCCGCUUCCUCGGCUUGCCUCGGUGCCGUUUGGAUCUUUCCCACCUUGUAUUGCCCGAAGAGCCCUUGAAACUAAAUAAGACUGUUCACAAAGCAGAAGUGGGUUUCCUGGUAAUACAUUUCAUCCAAACAUGACAACAGAAUCAAAGAAAGCUACAGCUCAGAACCUUCAGGAGAAUGAAGGACUUCUGAUAGUGAAGAUAGAAGAGGAAGAUUUUGUCUGGAGGCAGGACACUUGCCUCCAGAGAGGCGAUCCCCUCAGGCAGGAGCUCUGCCGGCAGCUUUUCAGGCAGUUCUGCUACCAGGAUUCCCCUGGACCUCGAGAGGCGCUGAGCCGGCUCCGGGAGCUCUGCCGACGCUGGCUGCGGCCCGAGACGCACAGCAAGGAGCAGAUCGUGGAGCUGCUGGUGCUGGAGCAGUUCCUGACCAUCCUGCCGGGGGACCUGCAGGCCUGGGUGCGGGAGCGGUACCCGGAGAGCGGGGAGCAGGCGCUGGCUGUGCUGGAGGAUCUGGAGAGAGGCACUGAUGAUGCAGUGGUCCAGGUUCCAGCCCAUGCACAUGGACAAGAGAUAUUCAGGAGAAAGGUGGUACCUCCUGGACCAGCACUUAGUGUCCAAUUGCAGCCAGUGGACCCCGAGACCCUUCAUGGUUCUUCAGCACCCCUUCUGCUGGACGGUGGAAGUCAGCAUACUUCUGGCGACUACCUCCAUGGAAUACUCAUCACUGUUCUAAAACUCCUCUGUUUAAAAAGUAAUGAGAGUGAAAACAAUGGAUCCAUGCCAAAGUUGGACAUUUAUGAAGAAAUGGAAUCACAGAGGAUUCUAUCAAGAAGAAUUUCAGGAUUCAUGUCAGAAGGAUCUGCUGAACCUCAAGACAUCUGUAAGUCUGCAGGCAGGUUAAAGAGGCAAUGGGAAAAAGAAUCAGGAGGGUCUCAGAGACCAUCAUCUGCUCAGGAUGGAGGUUUUAGUAAAAUCCUUACCCACAAAAAUACACUGACAGAUGACAUUAGCCAUGAUGGUUGUGAGAGAAGCUUAAACCUGAAUUCAAGUGAAUUGACACACCAGAAAUCUUGUAAACACAGUACCUAUGACCAAAGUUUCAAAUGGAAUCCAGAUUUUAUUAAGCAUCAAAGAAUUUAUGCCAGAGAAAAAAUUCACCAAUAUGGAACAUCUCUCAAGAGUCCAAAUCUUAUUAAACAUGCAGCAAUUUUUAGUGGGGAGAAAACCCACCAGUGUAAUGAGUGUGGGAAAGCUUUCAGACACAGCUCAAAGCUUAUCAGGCAUCAGAGAAUCCACACUGGAGAGAGGCCCUAUGAAUGUAAUGAAUGUGGGAAAGGCUUUGGGGGGAACUCAGAUCUUAUUAGACACCAGAGAAUUCACACUGGGGAAAGACCCUUUGAAUGCAAAGAAUGUGGGAGAGCAUUCAGCCUGAACUCACAUCUUAUCCUGCAUCAGAGAAUUCACACCAGAGAGAAACCCUAUGAAUGUAGUGAAUGUGGGAAAACCUUCAGAGUGAGCUCACACCUCAUUCGACACCUGAGAAUCCACACUGGAGAGAAACCCUAUGAAUGCAGUGAGUGUGGGAGAGCCUUCAGUCAGAGUUCACACCUUCGUCAACACCAAAGAAUUCACAAGAGGGAAAACCUGUUAAUGUAAAGAACUUAAAUUUUUAUGGAAAUGCGAAAGAGAUAGCAACAUGAAAAAUACUGAAUAAAAAAUAUGGAGUGAGAUGAA